AUGAAGUGCAGUUUAAAAGACGUGUGGUAUCUGGCAGCGGCGGAUAACGAGUUGCUUCGAGCUGACAAGUCUCCGGGACGUGGUGGUAUGGCUCAGGCGAAGAGGAAUUUAGCAAGAAAUGAUCUUUUGAACAUGGAGACAUAUAGUAGUAUGGCUCAGGCGAAGAGAAAUUUAGCAAGAAAUGAUCUUUUGGACAUGGAGAUCUUAGGACGAGGGCCAGUGCUAUUCCAGAUGUGCUGCACCUGCCUGGUAGUGCAAUGGGAAGGCCGCGUACUGGGUAGCAGUAAAGGCUGUGAGUUCGAGUUCUCCAGGAACGAUCAGUCGGCCAGCGAUAAUUCAGCCGGAAAGAAACUGAAAUGGAUCGGUCCGUCCAGCGCACUCUUGCCAGAGUCUAGAAGCUUAUAA